AGAGGAGGGAGGGAGGAGGAGGAACCCAAGAAGGCAGAGAAAGACCGAGGUGAUGUAUGUGUGUGUACGGUAGGCUACUCGGCGCUGCAGGUACAGCGAAAGACACAGGAUAUAGGGUUCCGUCCCAGCCCGGGGAACAGCUUCUCCCUUGCCCCGGAGACGUUAUCCUCUCGUUCCACAAUGUCUGGGGGAGAGGUACGUGUCCUCCGCCAAGAGGCAGGCCAGGAGAGCCCGAGGAUGCCGGCCUGGAAACGAGAGAUUCUCGAGCGGAGGAAAGCGAAGGGUGGCGGAGCAGGAGCAGGUGCAGCCGAGCCGUGCCCUAGCGCGAGCUCAUCGCGGGUUAAUGGCGAAGUAACGGGAAACGGCAGUGGCCCCAAAAAAGACAAUACAGGCUGCGCUGCCGCUGGUCGGAACAACACCGUAGCCCCAGCAAGCCAGCACUUCGCAGGCAAGCGUGGCAGUAGCACCGUAACCUCCCCGGAGCUGUCGCCGGUGAAAACAAACAAAGACCCCUGGACUGCCACCGACGCUAACGACUCUGCUGAGAGAACGGCGAGGGAGGACGGGGGACACGAGAGCCUGGUUCUGCAGGACAGUCUAGGCCCCUUGCAAGAGAACCCGUUCAUCAAACUGGAGAAGGAACGGAAGAAACGGCAGGACAGAGAGAAUGCCUCUCGUCCGGUUCAGCAUAUACUGGAACUGUAUGGGAGUGUUCCUGGAAUACGGACUAUACGCGCAGAGAAUAUCAUUAUCAUCGAGUCCGAUCCGGACUAUUUCCCGGAUACAAGUGGACUCAAAUCCACGUCUACGCUUCAGCAGAAUGGAGUUGGUAAUUAUAGCUCCCUCAACGACCUUUUGGAUCGGAGAGGCAGUGCGGUUACUGAGAUACGGGCGAAGGAAGUGGUCAUUUAUGACACGGCACUGAGUAGGAGCGAGGAGAACUUGAGCACGCUGGGUCGUCCGGGUUAUGAGGGCUCGCUCGAGACGGGAGACGGUCAGGGCAUGGUGAGCCGCAUGCUUCAGAAAUUCGACAGCAACUACGGCAAACUGCAACCCAAGUCUCGCAGCACAGAGAACCUUCUGGACCUGGAGACCAGCAGUGCGAACAGGUCGAGGUCCCGACCCAAACCACAGCCAGAUCUGGUGCCAAAGUACGUGUCGCACCCUCAACUGGGGUCACCGGUCCGCAGCCUCGUCCGACCGGGCUGGUCCUCCCCCGUCCUCCAGGGCCCCCUGGCCCCCCGGGACUCCACGGGGGCCCCACAGCCCCCGUCUCCCUCCGGGUCCAAGACCGUCAGUGGGGGAGGCUGGGAGAGUCCCGAGGCGGCCUCCAAACCCAAGGUGCCAUCAUGCUCUUCAGAGAUCCUCCGCGUCCGUGCCGAGUCCCCCUCCCCGGCCUCCCCUCCCUCCCCCAGCUUCGAGAUCCGCCCAGCGGCCCGCCCAGACCUCUCCCAGCUGCCUGCUGGGGACCUCCAGGCCCGGGCCCUCGCCAACCUGCGCCUCCAGUCCCGGAACUCCUUCACGGUCGUCCCCAAGCGCCACGCCUCUGCCCCGGGCAGCACGGCCCCGCCCAGCCCCGCCAGACCCCGCCCCUCCCCCGGAGUGCCAACGCCCCUCUCCCCCACGUCCCUCUCCCCCACGCCCAGCCCGGAGCCCUCUAGCAGAGAAGAGGAGACCAUCCCUGUCUCCCCCUCUCCAGACCUGUCUCCCCCUGCCUCCCCCACCGUCACCGUCACCCCUGCCCCCACCUCUCCCCCUCCCUCCUCCCCCCCCCCAGAGGCCCCCCCCUCUGAGCACCUCCCCAUCACCAACAUAGACGACAUUGACGUGGAGCCCGGACCCCCCUACCCUAGCCCGGUGGUCCAGAAGAGGAAAGGAAACACCUUCACUGUGGUGCCUAAACGCAAGCCCCAGCCCCAGCCCCAAGCCGACCCCCAGCCUCAGACCGACCCCCAGCCUCAGACCACAUCCCCCCAGCCCCAGGAGGAGCCCUCUGGAGGGGCAACACCCGCCUCCACGCCCCCCCCGGCCCCCUUCGCCCAGCUGGGCUCCCUGCUGAAGAAGCGCUACCCUGCUGUGGAGGAGAUCCAGGUGAUCGGAGGGUACCUCUCACUGGGGCGCUCCUGCCUCUCCAAGACCAGCUCCACGGGCAAGAAGCUGAAGAUCUCCUUCAACGAGUCGAGCCUCCAAAACACCUACGAGUACCCGUCGGAGAGCAGCGUGUGGGACAGCGGAGAGGAGGAGGAGGAGGAGGAGGAGGGGGAGAAGAGAGGAGAGGAGGAAGAGCCUCGUAGUAUAGUGGGCCGCAUCCACAUCCCCCGGCCUGGGCUCAGCAGCUCCCCCUCUCACCCCCCCAACAGCUCUGACCUGUCCAGUUACACGCCCAAACACACGGUGGAUUUCAACACCUGGCAGGAACACAAGCUCGAUGACCUUGCGUACCAGGGGGACGCUAAUUCCCAGCGCACACAGAUCUCAGAAGAUGUCAUGCUGACUCCUGCAGACUGCUCAUCUCUGUCGGACUUCGGCAGCGAGCCCGCUCUCUACUUCUGAUCCAGCUGGACUGAACCACGCUCACAUUCCAAACCCGUCUAAGCACUCCUCUCCAUCACUCUUCCAUCAGUUUCAGCCCCAGACAUCAAUCAAUGAUCACAGAUAACCCCGAGCAGCUGGACUGUGCUCUCAGUCUGAUCGGUGCAUCUGUCCUCCUCUGUUCUCCCUGUUGCUCUGAGGAACAUCGCUUUGGACUGACUGAGUUUGAUUGUUAGGGAAGGUAGUAACGCCACAGAGCAGUUUGCUCCCUGGUCUGGAAUACUCAUGUCCAGCUCCACCCUGUCUGCCUGCCUCAGCACUCCAUCACCCUUCUUUCCAUCUCCGCCUCUCCCUCCCUCCCUCCCGGAGACAGUGCUGUAGUGACCAGCUCCCUCAGAGCAGCAGGGCCCGUCUCUGGGCCCGUCUCUGGCUCUUAGUGUUAACACGUUCCGGAGUUCCAGAAUGUACGCCCGGAGCUCCAUGCGUUCCGUACGUUCUGCUAGGAGUGGUCUGAACCGCUGUGAGUGACAGUAGAAGAAACAGAAAACAGACUCCGUACAGUGAAAGGGUGCCACAGUCGCAGCCUGUUGUGUUUUUGUUCGUUUUUUGUAUCCGCAUGUUGAUGAUCUCUAAAGGCUUCUGUCUGGAUGUGGGUUCAGAACGAGCCUGAAUUCAGUCUGUUGGACUUUGACCAUGAGAGAGCCAGAGUUACCUUCACCCACCGCGUUGCUGGAGGUUUCCCCCACCUCUCCAGACCUGCUGAAGAUGACUGAGUUGACCAUCAGAGGAUGGAUUGUGGGGUAAUGCGAGGCGUGUGAUGGUUGGAUAGGAAUGUAAGCAGGAUCGUAACACAUAAGUUGUCCCAGGGUAUGAAUGUCUUCAUAAACCCUUAUCUGAAUACCACCACCGCCACCAUCUUCCUGCUGUAAACGGGAAGUGCUUCUGCCCCCACAGACCCUAGCAGGAAGAAGAACAUUCUCUCUCCUUCUAUAGUUCAAAUCUGCAUGUCUGACACUUGUUUGUGUAACUGAAAACGCUGUGUAGAUCUGAUGGCAGGCGCAGAAGGGCUCAUGUCCCUUUCAGAACUGCAGACUGGGAUACUCGUUCAGAGACUGUGUGUGUGUGUGCGUGCGUAUGUGUGUGUGUGUGUGAACUGCAGACUGAAUGUGUGCCGGUCUCUCCUGAGAGCCUAGUGUACUUAAACAUUCCACAGAGAAAGAGUAGUUCGUUUUAGUCAUGAUUGCUUGAUUGGUUGGUUGGUUGAUUGGUUGGUUGAUUGAUGAAGGAUGCAGGAUGGGGUGUGUUCAUCCACGUGUCUGUAUCUAACGACUGUGGUAAAAUAUGAUGUAAUCAAUGUUUUUUUCCAUUAUUAUUAUUAUAAAAAAAUACUCUUUUUUUACAUUGCACCAAGUCUUCAAAAAAUAUUUUUUACUCAUAAUGCCAAUGGAUGCAAGUGUUUCUGUAGCUGUGGUUUGGUGGCCACACAUCACUCAACAUUCACAAAUCUUCUCCUUUUGGCCAGUAUUGAUGUACAGUUUCUACACUCCGAUUUGAAGUUCCUAACCAUAAUUUAUUAUCUGCAUUACUUAAUGCUUUUCCAUAUUUUCAUAUAUCGAUGGACGUGGUUUGAAACGAACCAACGUUAUAGUGCUUUUGUGAGAUUGGGUGACUGAGCAGUUUUAUGUACAACCGUGUCUCAAUGUAAACUUGUAUGUGUCCUUUUUAUUUGCACUGUCGUUGUGCUCGCUGUGUUCGGCUACUCGCGAGGAGGGAUCUCAGAAGUUUGACCCGCGUCUCGAUCUCACCGAGACGGUAGCGUGUAGAAAGACCGAGGCAUUAAGAUGAUUCCGACGAAACCACUGCCCGUUUAUGCCAUGUCCUCAGACGAUUUGCCACAACAGAUGUACCAGACGUCUUUCUGACUGUCGAGCUUGAGCGGUUGGUCACGGAGUCAUCACAUACAGUCAUGCCUCUUAGGACAGACUCCCCAUGAAGACCAGGAGCUGGUCCUGAACUGGGUCUUCCUGGUCGUGGUUUCCAUGGAAGCGAGGGACCAGGAAACAGGCCUUCCUGUGUGAUUUUCCGGUGACCGUCUCAUGUGACACCAGCAGGAAUAUAAAAUGGCCGCCAUGAGGACAUAGAGACCGACUCACUUUAAUGACUGCAGAUGAUAAAAACAUGUUUGGUUAUCGAUACUUAACCACAUUCGUUCUGCCUUGGACUGUUGUAUUUCUGUCUGUCCCUGUCGAAGAAACGGUUCUUAUAAGUCAUACUGUAGCUAGAAAGCUUCAUCUGUUUUCCUUCCUCACUGUCUUGAGUCUUCAACAUCCUAGAGAUGUGCUUACUGUAAAACUUUGUACCUGUUAAUUUGGGCAACAAAAAAGAUGUCAGAACUGUACAAAUUAAAGUUAAAUAAAUAGAUGAACCCUUGAA